GUCCUUCUUGGGGGGACUCUGCCCUGUACUGUGCAAACCACCAACCUCGGGCAUUUUGGGUGAAAAAAUAAAAAAGAUGUCUCUUCAACAGCUUUUAGGAGAAGAAGUUCCUGCAGAAAAAAUAUGCUCUGCCCUUUUGGACUACGAAAAGAAAAAAGGUGAAGAAAACAAAGGCAAUUCCGAAGCCAACAAGUCAAACUUGUUGGAGGAUGAGGAAGAUACCACCUCUACAGUUUGGUUGCAGUUGUCUACCUUAAAGUUCAUUACGAAUAAUAGAAAAUUGAUACCUUUCAAAAUUCCCUUGAAGCAUUCAAUCAUCCCUUCUUCUUAUGAGGCUUGCUUGAUUGUAAAGGAUCCCCAAAGAACUUAUAAAGAUUUGGUCAGCGAAGCGGGCAUGUCGGGUGUUGUGACUCGUGUCAUUGGAAUUAGUAAAUUGAAAGCUAAGUGGAAAUCAUUUGAACAAAAAAGACAGCUUCGUGAUCAAUUCGAUCUUUUCUUGGCUGAUGACCGUGUCAUUUCUAUGUUGCCUAAGGUAUUGGGCAAGACCUUCUACUCCAAAACAAAGGCACCUAUUCCCGUUCGUAUCAGUAGUGACAAUGCUGACCAAUUGAAGAAACAAGUUGUUUCUGCUUAUAAUGCUACAUAUUUCCGUGCUUCACCUUGCAGCAGCUUUAUGAUCCGUUGUGGUCAUACUGCCAAUACUUCUCAAGAACUUGCCGAGAACAUUGAAUCCAUUGUGAGGUACUUGUGUGAAAAGAAGGUUGUCCCCAACGGCGGCAAGGGUAUAUCAAGUAUUCAUGUCAAGACUACUCAAAGCAUGGCUGUUCCUUUGUGGAAUAACCCCAAUUUGGAAGAAGAAGUUACGAAGCUUCGUGCUUCAAGUAAGGAAGUAGAAUCCUCCAAGAGAAAACCCGCUGAAGAGACUAAGUCGACAGCUUCUCCUAACAAGAAGGCCAAAACGAAUGAGAUUAAGACUUCUGAAACAAAACAAGAAGAGAGGACUGCCAAAAAUGAUCAAGGAGAGGGUAAAAACACCUCUCCUAAGAAAAAGACUUCUGUUGAGAAGUCCACUCAAGUGCCUCCUCAGAAGCAAAAGGCUUUACCAGAACGAAAAGAGAAUGCUUCAAAGAAAAAUAAUCCUGGUAAGCAGCCAUCAAAAAAGAAUGAGCCGUCAGCUGCUCCCUCCACUCAACCUGCACAAAGUUCCGCGCAAACAACUACAAAUAAUGGGAAAAAGAAGGCUGGUAAGCAAAAGGCUAAGGGAAAAAAAUAAUUGGAUUUUUGGGGAAUUUCAGGUAAUUGAAAAUUUGCAGUGAAAUUCGAUCAGGCUUGUAUGUAUGUACAAAUAAUUAUAUUUUGGGUUUUUACUACGGAUGUCGUUAGAAGGAACGUUAAUAAAG